CCCUGAAGCGGCCGGAGCCGCGCCCGCCGCCCGCCGGGACGAUGGUGCGCUGCGGGGCGGCCGCGCUGCUCGCCGCGCUGCUCGGCGUCUGCGUCUGGACCGACGAGACCGGGAAAGUUAUCUCGGACCGGUUCGCCGUCUACUGGAACCGGAGCAAUCCCAGGUUCCACCGCGGGGACUACACGGUGGAGGUGAGCAUCAACGACUACCUGGACAUCUACUGCCCGCACUACGAGGAGCCGCUGCCGGAGCGCAUGGAGAGGUACAUCCUCUACAUGGUCAACUACGAGGGCCACGCGUCCUGCGACCACCGGCAGCGCGGCUUCAAGCGCUGGGAGUGCAACCGCCCCGACUCCCCCAACGGGCCCCUCAAGUUCUCCGAGAAGUUCCAGCUCUUCACCCCCUUCUCGCUGGGCUUCGAGUUCCGGCCCGGCCACGAGUACUACUACAUCUCCGCGUCCCCCCCGAACACGGUGGACAGGCCCUGCCUGAAGCUGAAGGUUUAUGUUCGGCCAACAAACGAUUCCCUGUACGAGUCCCCGGAGCCCAUUUUCACCAGCAACAACUCCUGCUGCAGCCUCAGGGUGCCGCCGGCGGCGCUGGCGGUGGUGCCGGUGGUCUGGACGCUCCUGCUCUCGUAGCACCGACCCCGACGCACCGGGAGCGGCUCCGGGGACGGAUCCCGCCCGCCCCCGUGGCCUGGAUGGUGCCCAGGGAGGGUCGCUGCUGCCGCCGAGGAUUUUGUCGCCGCCCGAAGUCGCCGCCGUGGCGCGGCUGUCCCGCCGGGAGCGGAGCCGGGCUGUCCCGGGGAGCGGGUCCCGAGUCUCCAUCCCUGCCCCGCAGCUCCGGCUGUCCCGGUGGGGCGUUGCUUUUUACAUUUCUAGACCAAAUACAGAGUCCUCGUCCGUCUGGGUGUUUUUUCCUUCGUUGGUUUUUUUUUUGUUUGUUUGUUUGUUUGUUUUUUGGUUUUUUUUGGUCUGUUUUGCUUUUGCUCGGUUUUUUAAAAGAAAAAAUAUUUUUAUUUUUAUUUGUUGAGUUGCUCCCGUCGGGUCGCCCUGGUGCCAGACUGACCCGCACGGGCCGGGCUCGAGUCCCCGCUGAGCCCUCGUUGUCCCCACCGUGGGCAGAGCCACCGGGACCACCGGGAGCACCGGACACAGCGAUGGUGCCACCGGCUCCGUGGGCACGGACCCCUUCCCAGCCCGGCCACAGGACGUCACGGGGCCGGAGCCGCCACCCCCGGCCACCCCCUGCCCCGGGCACGGGGGGCCUGGACGGACACAGCCCCCUCUGAGCACCGGGGGGUCACCCUGUCCCCUCCGCUCGGGCCGCGGGUGUCACCGCCGUCCCCAUGGGACACCGGAGCAGCAAAGGAAACCGGACAGCGGGCAAGGACAGCACUGGGGACAGCCUGGGGACACUGCCAUGGCCGGCGUGGAGAGCACUGGGGGUGCGUGGCCAGCACGGGAGCACCGGGGAUGGCACUGGGAGAGCGGCGAGAGGCCAGCCAGGAGAGCACCGGGGACAACUGGCACGGGGAGCAGAGGAACGGCCAGCACCGGGAGCGCCGGCGGCACGGAGAGCGCUGGGGACGGCUGGCACUGGCACUGGGAAGGCUGGCACUGGCACUGGCAGCGCUGGGAAGGCUGGCACUGGCACUGGCAGCGCUGGGCAGGGCUGGCACUGGCACUG